AUGGACGAGGGCGCUGACUACUAUCGUAUUCUGGAAAUAGACGACUCGGCGGAUGAGGCGAAUAUUGAACAGAAAGUCAAAGCAAAUUACAAACGCCUAGCACGGAAGCAUCAUCCUGACAAGAACCCAGGCGACAAAAAUGCCACGACAAGGUUCCAGAAGCUUUCUCAGAUUCAACAUGCCUUUGACGUUUUAUCUAAUGAUAUAAAACGCAAACAAUACAACGAGGAGAGACCUGGUGGCAAGGGGGAGGCAGCGGCCCGCGAAGGAGCCACAGAAUCCGAGCAACAGCAGCGGAACCGGCAACGUCGACAACAGGAGCAUCAACGUCAGCAAGAGGAAGAACAACAGCAGAGAGAGGAAGAGGCCCGACGUCAACGAGAAGAAGAACGCCAGAGAGAUGAAAAACGCCGCCAAGACGAGAGGCGCCAACAAGAGGAACAACAGCGCGCCUGGGAGCGGCAUGAAGCCCAGGAGGAAGCAGAAAGACAACCCGAUCCUGGUGUUAGGCAGCCGGAGCAUCCGAAGUCCGCAGCGCCAACGCCGAUGAGUCGCUUGUUUGAGUCGAUUCAGUCGAAAUGGACACCGACCCUCCGGUGGUGGUUUUUCGGCUUUAUUCUUGUCUGGAUUGCAUGGUACCUCGGUGGCAACUAUACACCUGGUAGUCCCCCCAACGCACCACCUCUUCCAGCUCCCUUGGACGAGAUGUUGAGGGAACUUCGGAUUGGCCCAAGCCUUGCCGAAGCACAAGUCAGUUUUACUGAAAACCACAAUAUGCCUUACGAAUUGCAACUGAUGGGGCAUGUUGUCGGGAGGUUGAUUGAACCUCUGGGCGCCCCCUCACUUGUAGGAAAGUACUGGGACUACUCAGCUGACGCAGUCGACGGGGUCGUCGAGGUGUAUAUGGUCACCAAUCGCUUAGUGGCGGAGGUCGAACAAAAAAUUGGGGCAGUCGUGUCUCAGCUGGAGGGAAUGAUACCCCCUCAGCCCCCUUUCUACUACCGACUCAUAGGAGCUUAUACAAAAACAAGCAGUUGGAGAAUGGACAAAGCGGCUCGCCAGGUGCUGAUCCCAAUGGCAGAAUCGAUUUAUGAAACGCUGGACAAGGCCCUCAUGAUAUUGAGAACGACCGAAUCCAACCUCAGUAUGCUACUAGGGACGCUUGACGAUGUAGUCAUUUCGAUUGAUGGCAAAAGCAUCCAGGAUAGAUAUCAUGGGGAGGAAGAUGGAUAUCCUAGGGACGAAGUAGUGGCAGUAAGGAUUUGGGAACACAUCUUUAGUCAGCUGUCGCCGGUCCUCUCUUACAGAAGCGCGACGGGGCCGGCUUAUUUCUACGGUGACGCGAGCCAGGCCAAGGAGAUAAUCUUGAGUGCGGAAGUGACCAUGAUGGCUCUGCAGGACAGACUCUUGGUGUUUCAAAGAGCGCUGCAGGUCGCACCCUUGACUACGCUUGAAAACGCGUUGGAGCUAUGCACGAGGGCGCUACGCAUCGACCGGGAAGAGCUGCGAGCGAGUCAGUCUUACGCGAGUUGCAAGCAAAAGGAAAGACGAAGAGAAAGAAGGCUGGUUAUGUCAUUCUUAGACUCUCACAGGAGUCACAGGAUAGGAUGA